GCUGCGGGCGCUGCGCCGCCGUCGCUACGUUGUAUCUUCCGUGUCUUUCCUGGGCGAGUGAGUGGGAGUUUCCUGCCUUUCGAAGGCAGGUGGCGGCGGCUCUCCUUGGCAUUGAUAAGGGCCGGCCGAGGCGGGCGGGAGCGCGCUUUGGUUGCUCCUGCUUGUUUUCUCUCCCGAGCGUCAAGGCGGCCGCUGGAGAGCAGCAGGCAGCAAAUCCCGCGCGGCCUCCGCCUGGCGGCCAGGCUUUCCGGACGCGGCUCGUCUCCCUUCUGCUUCUUCGGCUGGGGCUGCUCUGCCUCCACCAUGUCUGCAGCCGCGGGCGGCGAGGCGGCGGGGACUCCCAAGGCGCUGCCUUCCUCCGGCCCCAAGUCUCUGCGGGACAUGCCGCACCCGCUGGCCGCCUCUAGCAGCGAGGAGGCGGACGCGGAGCUUACGCCCAGCCCGGACUUGCAGCUGCCUCGCAGCAUCGCCGAGAAGGAUCUCAGUUUGCCCAAUGGUACUCCUGUGGACACUUCUAGCCCGGCCUCUUCCUCCUCACUUCUCAACAGACUGCAGCUGGAUGAUGAUUUGGAUGGUGAGAUGAGAGACCUCUUUGUCACUGUGGAUGAUCCAAAAAAACAUGUCUGUACAAUGGAAACCUACAUCACAUACAGGGUCACAACAAAGACCACACGAGCAGAGUUUGACUUGCCAGAGUAUUCCAUGCGCCGGCGAUACCAGGAUUUUGAUUGGCUGAGGAAUAAACUGGAGGAAUCUCAACCAACUCAUCUCAUUCCCCCACUUCCAGAGAAGUUUGUAGUAAAAGGAGUUGUUGACCGCUUUUCAGAAGAAUUUGUUGAGACGAGGAGGAAGGCUUUGGAUAAAUUCUUGAAAAGGAUUGCUGAUCAUCCAGUACUUUCAUUCAAUGAACAUUUCCAUGUGUUUCUUACUGCCAAAGAUCUUAAUGCUUAUAAAAAACAAGGAAUGGCCUUGCUUUCAAAGAUGGGGGAGUCUGUAAAAUAUGUUACAGGAAGCUAUAAAUUAAGGAGUCGACCGUUGGAGUUCGCAGCCAUUGGUGACUAUCUAGAUACAUUUUCUCUGAAGCUUGGAACUGUGGAUAGAAUAGCACAGCGGAUUAUCAAGGAAGAAGUGGAAUACCUGGUGGAACUUCGAGAGUAUGGUCCUGUGUACUCUACCUGGAGUGGGUUAGAAAGGGAGCUGUCGGAACCCCUUGAAGGGGUGUCUGCCUGUGUGGGGAACUGCUGUACAGCGCUCGAAGAACUGAGUGAAGAUAUGACUGAGGACUUCCUGCCUGUUCUAAGAGAGUACAGUCUAUAUGCAGAGUCCAUGAAGAAUGUCUUGAAGAAGAGAGAUCAAGUUCAAGCAGAAUAUGAAGCCAAGCUGGAAGCUGUGGUCCUAAAAAGAGAAGAUCGCCCCAAGAUGCCCACAGAUGUUGAAAAGUGUCAGGACCGGGUGGAAUGCUUCAAUGCAGAUCUGAAGGCAGAUAUGGAAAGAUGGCAGAACAAUAAGCGACAAGACUUUAGGCAGCUACUGAUGGGAAUGGCAGAUAAAAACAUCCAAUAUUAUGAGAAGUGCCUUAUGGCGUGGGAGUCUAUUAUACCACUAUUGCAAGAUAAGCCUGAGACCAAAUAAGAAGCCACAUCUUUUCCACCCUCCCCUUCCCCACAAUGGACCUCUGACCAAGUGCAGGUACCACUAAACAUAUUGGAGAUACGCUAUGCACAAUGUGGUGUGACAUUCUUGUGGGUUUUUUGCCUGGAGAAACACCACCUGUGCUGAAUCUUUCAAGAACAACUUGAAAACACUUUGGAACUCUAAAUCUUUUUUUGCCGCCUUUUUUUAUUAAACCGUCUGAGGUGACCUUGAACACUUUUGCUAGGAGGCAAUCCUUGGCAAACAGCAGCCAAAAAACCAGACUCAUUCUCCUCUUGGAUCACUUAUUGAAUGAAGUUGAUGAGUGGAACACUAAAACAAUAAUAAUAAACAACUCUGAAAUGCAAGAUGCCAACAUGACAUCUUUAUUGUUCUCCCUCUUUCUUAGCCAAGCAAGGGGUGGUUGAUCAUGGAACAGCAGCAGUUUUCUCUUUGAAACUACUUGGGUUUUUCCCCUCUUCAGGUGUGGAAAGGUAAUAUGGCUGGUGGAGGAUACCCGCUUGAUUAUGUAAGCUCUCUGAAUUGAUCUGGGCUUUUGUAGGGAGGUGGGCUUAAGAGUGAGGGUGGGUGUUGGUGUGGUCUUGUAGAAUGUCCUAGAAACUCAGUAGAAUGUUCAUGAGGUAAACUUGUUGUGUGGCAUGUAGUCCAUGUUCUGCAGCGUUUCUAGUCAUCUUUUGAGGUCAAGCGUCGUGGUUUGUAAGACAAAGUUAAAUAUGUGCAAAGCCAAAAACUGUGGCAUAACAUGCAAGGAUGUCCAGUGAUAUGAAAAGGGAGGAGGGAAUGAAUGGAUUUGGCUCAUACUCACAAUGAAUUAAAUCAUGGUCCGAUCAACUGGUCCAGGGUCAAAUAUGUACAAAGCGUUAUUCAUUUUUAUUUUUUAAAAAACAAUUUAAAGUUUUUUGGAAAUGGAAGAAGUCUUUUGUAUUGUAGGAUAAAUUUUGGUCAUACCAAAUGUAUAAUACACUUUCACCUCAGCCCUUGUUUUAACUGUAGAAAUUGUCCUAAACAUUUAUUUGGGGGAGGGGGGACGCAGAGGUUAGAAAAGCAAGUCCUAUUUACAUAUAUUAGUCCAUACAAGAAAUAGUCCCAUAUUCCUUGUAUGUACCCACACUGAAACGAGUCCAGCAUGUCACAUUUUAGGAAUGAGGAGGGAAAGCAAUUUCUCAUGAAUUGCUUUUCUUUCCUAAACAUAUUGGCAUUAAUGCUGCAAGCUCUUGGAACAGCCUCUUGCAUUUUUAUGUAUUCAGAUAUUUUCUGUUACAUUAAAAAAAAAAAAAAAAAGAGCCCAGACAAUUUGGCCGUUCGUGAACAUAAUAAUUCUUUUCUUGGGGAAGAAGGGAUAACAGAAUUGAUGAUGAUCCAUCUGGUCUGCUUAGCAUUCCUUAACCUGAUGGUUGCAUGAGACACUUUUUAUUAUGAAUGGGGCUUUGCUUUUCAGUAACGUUAGAAAUAUGGUUUGUUUCACACCACCACUGCUACUGAGUGUUCACUUCUGCUUAGAAUGUUUUAAAUGGUUAAAAGAUAAGCACCAUGCAUGACAGAUAAUUUAUAUUUUAUAUACCUGUUCUUUUUCCCUAUCAGUAUUUCAUGCCAGCCUCUCAGAGUUUGAAAAGCGAUGUAGAGGAAACUGCUCAAAAGAGACUACUAACUAACCAUCAUUAGCUUUCUGUACAUUGCUCCAAACUGUGCUUACAAUUUCUAGCACUACUGAAUUGUGAAACUUCAUUAAUUCACUGCAGUUAGCAAAAUUAACUUGAUGCAUUUUUCCUGUGUGAAUUUCUGAACAUUUUUUUCCGGGAUGUACAUUGGAGAAACACUACAAACUGUUGCCCGAAGGAAUUUUAUUUGCUUAAAUCAUGAGGUUUUGUAGAUGUUUGAUUAAGUUCGCAUCUGGAUAAACAUAGUUCCAAAGGAGAAAAACAUACUUUUGUUUUUAGAUGUAUGUGUGUGUCACAAUAAAAGGGACAUUUCCUCUUGUGAAAGAGAAGAGGAAAUCUGUCCAAGGGUCAAACUAGACAUCACACAGGAAAUGUGUGUGCACACUCCUGAUUGGGACUGGGGACGGGAUGACAUGUUACUGGAAACCAGUCUCUGAGAGUGUGAUCAGUUGGGUGAGUAGCAAGGGGAGAAGCUCCUCCUUCCUGCUUACCAUUCAUCCUCUUCUCCCAUCAGGCAACUAGUUCCCCUACCCAUGGGGGGAAAUGGUCUAGGUUCUGUGUGUUCCAUGGCUGCACAGGAAGGUGCUUAUAUCAAGUCAGACCACUGGUCCAUCUUAGCUCAGUACUGACUGGCAGCAGCUCUCCAGGGAGGUGCCAGGGAUUGAACUUGGGACCUUCUGCAUGCAAAGCAGAUGCUCUUCCACUGUGCUACAGGCCCAUCCCCUGUCUGUCUUCUGCAGGGAGACCAACAGCUUCUUGAGAGCGAUUUUGAGCAGACUAACAGCUGGAGGGGAGAGCGGUCUGCUUAAGCUGGUAGCCUCCGACGGCUGCUUCCCCCACUCCCCAUUUCUAUAAGUACCUGGAGCUUACUAAGACAGCAGGCUUUACUACAGGUUUUCUGCAAGGCUUUACUGCGAGUUGAAAGUUGCCCCAAAAACCAACACAAAAAGUGGAUUUUUUUUACCCUGGAUAUAAAUUUGGCUACACUCUAACACACGAUGAAAAACCCGAAUUGUGUGUGAAGUGUUACCUGAUAGCUUGCAGGAACCGUGGGGUAAAUUUGGCCAAUAUGUGAAUGUACCCCCUCCGUUCUGGAGGAGAUGUGAGAGAAAAGCCAGCUGUGAAAAACUCCCUCGAGGUUUUACACACGGGGCUUAUACCCCGAAUCUCAUUCGGGAGAGUGUGUGCGCAUUCACACACCAGCCAAACUUACCCCGAAUGCCCGUCGAGAUCCUUGGACCCACCCCCCACACAAAUCAGGCUUUGUCUUGCAAAUUCUAACUUAUGUUUGGGUUUUUAAAAUGCUGUGUUUUUAAGCUGCAUUUCCUGAAAAAGCUGGAGCAAACCAGGGAGAGGCGCUGACAUAAAAUCAUUAGCAUGAUAAGAGCACGCUCUCUUCACAAAUGCAGAUCAAUCUCUGCAGGGAACUCCCCCCCCAGAGGGGAGGGGCUGCUUCCUUCAAUGCGUGGCUUCAAUCCACAUUUAACCCGAAGCCAGGUGUGAAUAACUCCCUGGAAAGGUCUUGGGUCUCCUGUGUAAUGCCUAGCUUGGCCUUAAGAUGGCGCCCAUUAUCCAUAUAUUUAGUUAGUGCUUAAAUCAAAUCGUUCCAUUCUUUAUCUUAACAAAUCUGCUUCCCAUUUAAUCAUUUGCCUUUUUAGUCUAGUGGCAGUUUUAUUAUUAAUCCAUCUGAUUAACUGAAUUAGCAACUUUGUUCUUUCUGUGCAGCACAGUUUUCCAUGAAAUGAAAUCUUCUAGCGUUGUCUCUUUGACCUUGUUAAUGGAGGGGUAUGAUGCCUCAGUUCAGUGGUGGUGCUGUAAAAUAUCUCAGAUUUGAAAGUAGGUUGGUUAAGCUUGCCAUACUAUGCACAGCUGGAUUUGAGGGUCAACCCAGAUAUGAUGCUGAGUGUGUCCCUUGUGCUUUGGGGCUGCUUAAUGAAAAUAGUAGGGGAAGGCUGCCAGUUGGGAGAAGUUGGGAGAAGACACUUAACCCCCCAUGUCAUCCUUUUCCUGACAAAAAUGGACUAUCUUCUUCCUGGAAGACCAGGAGAGAAGCUUCCUUCUUGGGGCUUAUAGCAAAUGGAAGUUUCCCUUUCUCCCUUGUAGCAAAGGUAGUCUGUUUUCACGGAGACAAGAGAAGGCUGACUGCUCCCUCUUCACAGCCCUGAUCCUGAUUGGUGCGCCCUUCCUGCAGCUUGCUGUUAAGGGGGAAAUGCAAAUACAAAUGACCAUGUUUAGCAUCAUGUCUGGUUUGCCAAUGAGCUCAGUGGGAGUCUUCCUUAGAUAGAAUCUUUAUCAGGCAUAAUUGGUCUCUCAGAUGUCGACUUCCUUUGCUCUGAAGUAAUUGGUAGGAGUGGUUGAGGGGGUAUUGGGCAGCUUGUACGUCUACUGUAAUAUUCCCCCACCCCAAUGCAUAUAUGGGUCAGAACAACUUGGGAACUAAAGACAUUUCUCCCCAAACAAUCUAAUUGUAUUUAUUCUCCCCCUUUUAAGAUUUUCUUAGUUCUUUGAAAGUUAUAGUAAUGGUUCUGAGACAGAGCUGUGAAUUGGGAGGUCCCCAGUUGGAAUCUCAUGUCUGCCAUGGACUCCAUAGUUGACCUUGGGCAAGCUGUGACCUCUCCAUCCUCUUCCCCCAUCUGUAAUGUGUAAUAUGCUGACCUACCUUAUGCUAUUUCAGUUUUAUUUAUAAAUGACCUGGUAUCUGAAAUUGCUGUAUGAAUGCUGAGUGUGGGGGUGGGUUUUUGAGAGAGGAAGCAAUUUUUUUUUUAAAAAAGACCUAUCUAAUUAUACACUUUCUUUUGCUUUGUAGGGGGGAGUUUAACUUAAUUUAAAGGGCAAUUUUGUAGUCCUCCCCAAAGAAGCCCCCUCUUCCCAGUUAUCAUCUAUUCCAAAGAAGCUUUCAUCCCCAACUAGCUUUUUUUUAAGGGCUUGCAACAGACUCUCUGCAAGCAACAAAUAGUUCAUUGGGGGAUAGUUCUCAUUUCAUUCAUCUGUAAGUAAAAGUUCAUAUUCGUUAUCACUCUGAACUAGUGACUCUUAAAGAGAAAUUUACAAAUGUAACCACCGGUGCUUGAUGCAUCAAGCAAUAACUUUGUUCUUCUGUCUACUUAUUUGCUGGAUCAAGAAUAUCUAGUAACCUCUCAAUAUUGCAAUUGGAUUACCAUAUUUGCAAGGGUUGGUUUUAGGAACACGAAUUCAGAUAUUACUCAGGCUGUUCAAAGAUCAUCUUUAAUUUCCCACAACUUGCUAUGUUUGUCCUGUCAGUACAAUCCACGAGUAGCUCACCUGAACUAAAUUGAAUGGUUCAGUUUAAACCACCAGAUUGUGAUGGAAUGGUGGGGGGGAAGUAUCUCUGGAAUGGAACUAUCCGAUCCUAAUUUCUCUUGAAUAGCUAAAAUGUAAACAUUCUGUACAGCCAGUAUCCAUGUUGCCGCGACACCUCAGCUUUAAUGUGGUGAAUUUUUCCCACACUUCAUAAUAAAAAUGGAUGUUAAGAUGCAUGAAAAAAUGCAUUCACAAAACUUAAUGAGAUUAUGAUUUAAUGUAUUGUCCCAAAUGGAUAAAUGGGAACUUAAAAGGCAGAGUUGGUUAUAUCUACUCUUAUUCAAAUCUCUUUAAAAAACCCAGCCCUUCCCGCUUCAAAUUUGGCAUUUUAAACCUGCAGCAGAGCACAGCAGGUAGGCGCCAUCCUUUCCUUGUCCUACAGUUGGAAUGGAAGGUGUUGUGUACAUGAGGCUGAAGAUGUGGAGCUUUAUAGAGAAGUGGCUGUGUGACGUGCAUUUGAGGGGAUCUAUAUGCACAUCUAUCAGACAGAUGGCCCAGCCAAUUUAAUUCUCUCAUCUGCAAUAGGUGGUCAGCAUUAUUGAGUCUAGGCUCCCACCCAUCCCAGCGAUUGGUGAUGACAUCUGGUUGCACCAGCCAUCUCUUAUGUACUUAUCCAGCAGUACACAUACAAUCCACUGCAGUGCGCACAGCCUAUUGGUCCAUGCUCAAGUUUGUCUUUGUAUGUAAUUAACCAAGCUUUGAAAGGAGUGGGGCCUUCAUGUUGUGGGAUAUCAAUUUUAUUUCAGAUUAUUAAACUUGCUUAGGCUCUCUUAGCAAGCACUUUUGAUCCCAUAAACUAUAUUGGCAUAUGACUUUUGGAUCACUUAAAUAAUUUUACUGUCUAUCCCAAAUACUUACUGCUCUAUCCAAAUACUUCAAAUGGCUAUAGAUCAACCAGCUUGUUCCUGGUGGUUUUUGACAAGGCUUUUCUUAUUCUGAACAAAUGAGGGUCUCUUUCUGAAAGAGAAUGUUUCUAAAUACUGCAAACUAGUGCUAGUGCUUUUGCCAAAUAUUUUUGUAAAUAUUAAAUGGGGAUGUGUGUUUUUUGUUUUUGAAGGCAUAUGUAAAUGUUAAACAUUUUCAGGCACUUUAACUUUGUACGGUGAGUGGUAAAAUGCCUCUCCAAAUGCUGGUUUUAGGUAUCAGGCAGUUUUAGGCAAACAUUCUUCACCUAGCCCAUUUUGCACUCUCACAACUAACCUUGAAUAUGGUAAUCCCAAAGUUACUGGUUCAACAUAGCUGGAGGGGCAGUGGUUUAGUAAUUCCCAUGCUUGUCCCAAAGUUUUUUCCAAGGAAGAUGUUCUGCAGCCCCCAUCUGCCCAUGGAGUCCAAUCUGAAGGUAAAAAAUAGAGCCCUUUGGCAUCUUUACAUAUGAGGCAUCACUGCUCAAAUAUAAUUUGUAAUGCAAAUGUGAAGGGUACAUUGGCCAGAAUAGGAAUUCGCAUUAAAAAUGCUUCUCUUGAUCUACAUCAGCAAUGGUAACAUGUGCUUUGCUUUAAAAAAUAAAAAUAAAAAAUGAGCAGGUGCUCUGUGAUUUUAAGGUUCAUCUCUGAAAAUGCCUUUUUGUCUGGAUAGGGACAGAUGAAUUAUCAGCAGCACAGCUGUGAAGCUGGUUCAUGCUGCACUUGCCACACAAAGAGCCAACCUCUGCUUGGUUGAGAAUUCUGCAGGUUCCCUACAGACAGUUGCGGAAAGCUGGGGGAGCUUACCUGAGGGUGAAAGAUGCUACUGCCCAGCAUGCCUAUGGGUGGGAUGUGUGUAUCUACUCCACUUAUCUUGCACAGCUCAUAAGGAAAAGAGAGAAGCCUGCUAGACAGCAGCAUCCCUUUCCCUCCACUGGAUCAGGCCAAUAUAGCUGGGCUCUGAGCCACACAAAGAUGUGAAGAGAGCUGUGAGAACAGUAUAAUUUUAUUUGUGAAGUUCCCCAUGAACUUAGGCUGUCUCUCAGGCUUUCUCUCAUUCUGUGUUUUCACUUGCUGUGGUAAAAGAGAUUCCUCUCAGCCUAUAAUGUCAAACUGAAUCCCUCCCUCUCCUCCCCUUGCAUUUGUGCACCGAAUUGAACAGUGUUUACACUGCAAAGGGGCUUGCUGAAGAUGUCCCUCUCCAAUUGCUCUCCUUGCAACAUCCACCAUCUGCCUCGAAGCAUCUGGAAAUGCACGUCACUCUUUUUCCCCUUGUUGGGCAUUGUAAAUACUGGCUGCCAUACUGCACAAAGGGAUGUGGGUGUUCUCAACACAGCCUGUGUCCCUAUGCACUUGUCAACACCUGAGAUGGGGUUGUGCCACAGGGCUUGGCGAUAAGGGCUCAGUGCACAGAGUUGCGUGCUGUCCAUUGGAAGCAAUGGGUGGCACAGCGAACAACUCCAUUCAUGUUCAAGGGAACAACUCCCUUGCUGCUGAGCACUGCUGCCCCUGCAGGGGCCUGGGUGCUGCUCAUGCCCUCUUGCACAGGCUGUCAGCUACUGAUGCACAAAAACCCCUUGCCAUAUGGUCUGGCUCUAACUGUUCAGGGAGGUUAUCAGUUGCAUGGAGGGGGGUAACAGGCUACCUGUGCUGUGAAAUGGAUUCUGCAGCUCAUCUGCUAGAGAACUAUAAGAAGCUAAGUGUGAUGGAGCUUAUCUCAAAAGUGUCCUAAUGAGACUUAAAGCCUGUGCCACACUGCAUGGAUUAUAUAUUUGUGAAGAACUAUACCUUUUUUUGUUGUUACCAUCCUGCCUUCCUCAUUUUUUUCAUUUCCAAAAUGAAAGCAGCAUUAGUAGUAAGUUGUUGGGUUUUAGCUACAGUACACAGACCAAAAUGACAAUUUUAAGAUAAGUAACUGCAGUAACUGCAACACACAAACAGAGCUAGCCUAAAUAAACUGGAUGUUCAGGGUGGCCAACCUGAGAUUCUCCAGCUGCUGGGUUACAACUUGCAUCAUUUGCAGCUGGGGCUGAUAUACAGCAUGAAUUCACAUGUGUACAAAAACUCAGCCCUCCUCCUGCACCCAUGUCUAGUUCACAAGACAGAUCAAGCACAAGGUUUUGUUUGUUUUGGCCUUGGGAUACAAGGCAGAAAUCCACAAAGAAGUUAUCCAGUCCUACUGAACAUAAGCACAGUCUGCAUGAUCAGGCCCAAGGCCUAUCUAAUCCAAUAUCCUGUUUCACACAGUGGCCCACCAGAUGCCUCUGGGAAGCCCACAGGCAAGAAGUGAGGGCAUGCCCUCUCUCCUGCUGUUGCUCCCCUGCAACUGAUAUUGAGAGGCAUCUUGCCUCUGAGGCUGGAGGUGGCCUAUAGCCCUCACUAGUAGCCAUUGAUAGAUUUGUCCAUGAAUUUGUCUAAGCCCCUCCUAAAGCCACCCAGGCUAUUGGCUGUCACCACAUAUUGUGGUAGAUAAUUCCAUAGAUUAAUUUUGUGCAGUGUGAAAAUGUACUUCCUUUUCUCAGUCUCAAAUUUCCUGACCUUCAGUUUCAUGGGAUGACCCCUGGUUCUAGGGCAGUGAUUCUCAAAAUUGGGUCCUCAGGUGUUAUUGGACUUCAACUCCCAUAAUCCCCAACCAAAGGCCACUAAGGCUGGGGAUUAUGGGAGUUGAAGUCCAAUAACACCUGAGGACCCAAGUUUGAGAAUCCCUGUUCUAGGGUUAUGAGAGGGAAAAAUUCUAUCUCUCUUUCUCUCCACACUGUGCAUACUUUUAUAGACCUCUGUCAUGUUGCCUCUCGGUCAUUUAAAAACAAACAAACAAAAAACAAAACUAAAAUGCCCAAGUGUUGCAGCCUUACCUCAUAAGGAAGGUGCUCUAGGCCCCCAAUCACCUUGGUUGCCAUCUUCUGCACCUUCUCCUCUUGUAUAAUGCCCUCUUUUGAGGUGUGGUGACCAGAACUGUACACAGUACUCCAAAUAUGGCUGCAUCAUAGAUUUGUAUAAGGGCAUUAUAUUAGCAGUUUUAUUUUCAGUUCCCUUCCUAAUGAUUGCAAGCAUGGAAUUGGGCUUUUUCACAGCUGCCACACAUUGUGUCAGCACUUUCAGUGAGUUGUCCACCAAGAUCCCUCUCCUGAUCAGUCACCGAUAGCUCAGGCCCCAUCAUUGUAUAUGUGAAAUUGGGGUGGGUUUUUUUUACCCCAAUAUGCAUCACUCUACACUUGCUUACAUUGAACCAUAUUUGCCAUUUUCUUGCCCACUCCCCCAGUCUGGAGAGAUCCUUUUGGAGUUCCUCACAAUCUGUUUUGGAUUCCACUAUCCUAAAUAGCUUACAAACUUGGCCAUUUCACUGCUCACCCCAACUUCUAGAUCAUUUAUGAACAAGUUAAAGAGCACUGGUCCCAGUACAGAUCCCUGGGGCAUCCCAAUUCUUACUACUACUAUGAAUAUUUACAUACCACUCUUCAACAAAAUUCUCAAAUUCUUGGUUUACAUAGAAAAUAAAUACAUAAAUAAGAUGGUCCCCAAAGGGCUCACAAUCUAAAAAAACAAACCACAAAGGUAGACACCAGUGACAGCAACUGGAGGAAUGCUGGGCUGGUGCUGGAUAGGGCCAGUUGCACUCCCCCUGUUAAAUAUAAGCGAAUCACCACUUUUAAAAUAUGUCACUUUGCUUAUUUAGCAGGGGUUCCUUGCUAACUGGCCUCCAUUUAGAGAACUAUCCCUUAAUCCCUACCCUCUGUUUCCUGUCCUUCAACCAGUUACCAAUCCACACAUGAAUCUGUCCCCUUAUCCCAUGACUGCUAAGUUUUCUCUAGAGUCUUUGAGGAACGGCAUUGAGUGAGAGCCACAUGUGAACACAAUGGGGCUUGUGCAGGUGAACAUCCUGGUGGAUUGUGCCCUUUUAAUUUCUGUCCAGGUGCUGGUAUGGUCUGCUCACCUUUUCAUAUGCCUAUGUACAAAAAUAAGAUGAUUGUACCAGGUUUACUAUGUAGUUGAAACUUUUUUCCAGCAAAAUAAUUUGUAAUGCUUGAUGAUUCAUGUGUACAUUUCUAAAGACAUUCCUUUCUUGACUGAAGGACUGGACCAACACAUAUAUUAAACAUUUCUUUACCAGUAA